AUGAACAGAUACUACGAGGCGUACCCGAAAAGCGGCGGAACCAUGCUGACCCUGCCGCCGCCGCCGCUGUCCGACCCGUCGGCCACGUGGAACUCGUACAGCUCGGAACCGGUCAAAGGGCUCGGAAACCGGAUCAAGCCGGACAGGAACCGACAGGCGGUUAACGUGCAGAAGAUGCAGUGGCGCAACUCCAACUGGGUGGACGGGUUCCCGGAGCUGGUGGGCUCGAUGACCAUUGCGGACGUGAGCCCGAGGUUCGCGGUGAAGCGCAUCCUGCUGCUGUACGAGAACGCCCAGUACAGGGAGGCGGCAAACUUUGUGAACCGGCUCAGCCACAACACUUUCAAGGCGAUCCUCGACCAGCUGCCCAUCGACCUGUUCGUCGAGGCGAUGCCGCACAGCCUGUCAAUACUGGAGGCACUCUACGCCAAAGUAUUUCUGUCGUCUGACUGCGGUGUCAAGGUGCUCCGGCCCGACCACGUGCUCAUGCGGCUCGUCAAGCUGUUCACCGGCACCGCGGCGGGUGGAGCUGAUCGGUGGCUGGGCAGCACGCGCAAGCUACUCAAGGUGAUCGUGCUGUCCGAGCCCAAGCUGCGGAAGGCGCUGCAGGUGCGCCGCCGGUCGCUAGACAAGGCGGUCGAGGGCCUCGGACAGCAUGGGCUGGUGGGCACCAGCGACGAGACGCUCACAAACCUGCACGACGCGCUCAAGGUGGAGUUCCAGAAGCUGGUUGACACGUACAAGGCGGCCCUGCUCAAGCUGGAAGAGCUCAGCCUGUCUGGCAAGCGGGACGGCGUGAGCAAGGGCCCGGCACCGGUGCAGGCGUCGCACCAGCGGCAACUGUCCCUGCAGCAGUCAGACAUCCAGGAGCGGCUCAUCAAGAACAAGACGCUGCUGAACGUCGUCGAACCCGUACUGGAGAACAAGUCGAUGGCCAUACUAUUGACCAUACUCAAGCGGCGGGUUGAGUACGACAAGGACGCUCUGUUUCAGUUCACUCAGCUCCGGAAGGAGCUCAAAGUAGAAUCGGAACACGUGGUGGCGCCUCUGCUCAUGAGAUAUUCGCACGCUUGCGAACAGGUUUUGGAAUUUAUGAAGGAAGUCGCGGAGGACGAAGAUUCCAGCGACAUAUCUGGCUACCAUUCGGACUCGGACAGUGCCAUAAUGAUGUCGGGAAAUUCGCCGUAUGUCACCAAGAGAGCCAGACACAAUUUCAUUUCACGAUCAGUGCGGUCAAGCAGCAACCACAGCACUCGGACUAGAUUAGUAAUGAGCACUGGAUCGAGUUCGGCGAGUCCCCCGGACGGCGGAGAGUCGUCUACGACAGCGACACCGAAUUGGGAAUGGUCAACCGAGAAAUCGAUGAAUACGUUGACCUGUUGUCGUAAGUGUGGACCACAGACUGCUUUGCAAUUGCAGACCGUUAGCGAUGAUCGAGAGAAGUUGGCCUUGCAGACGGAACUGGAAACCACAAAAGUCGAACUAGAAAGAACAAAAGCUAAACUCGAGUCUUUAAACAAGGCUGCUAAACAGGCACAGUCUUCGAAGGAGUUGAGUGGACCGAGAUUGGUCAGAUGCUACGGUAACCUGUAUUCGCAAGCCCGAGUCGAGGCUCUCGAGAAACUAGACGUGUUGCCUCAGCUCGCCGACGCCACCGAACUGAAAUCGAAAAUCCUCUUCUCCGUUGUCGUCUUGGCGUUCAGGUCGACCCAGGCCAUGUUGAGCCUGAAAAAAGAACAGGUGAAACGGCUGCUGUUCUAUCCGACGCCGUCCGGUUCGGCACACGUCGAAUUGGAGGCUUCCAUCUGCUCCUAUUUGAGGAGGACGGUGGACACUUUCGAUUUAACCCAGUGCAUCGAGGAAGUAAGCUCUCAGCUGUGGGCGACAUUGUACGACUAUCCGUGUCUAAAAACGUGCGCUGGACUACAUCAAUACAUUUGUGACGCAGUACGCUUAGCUUGGGCUCUAGUAAAUCAGACGCCUAGCUUUGUACUGGAAUACGAACAGAGAUCGUUUAAGCGGGACCUGCACGUGAGAUAUCAUUCUUCAGAUUUGGAGAGUAAUCAAGUUCGGACUUACCUGUGGCCUGCACUGCUCGAAGGACAAGCUGGACCGUGUGUACACAAAGCAGUAGUACUUACUUAG